UUACUGUCAAGUUUGACAGGUGUAAUUUCGCCGUUUCUCCACACUCUUAACACUCAAAAACUCUGAUUUUAUUAAUUGAAUUCUAGUUUUCCAAAGUCUUAAAUAAUCUUAAGUUUCCAAAAUGUGGUACGACAUUCUACCAUCGAUUUUGAUUAUUGGUUGCGCUAUGGCCGUACCCACAUAUUUCACGUACUGCAUGAAUUGGUUUGUGCUGGGAAAUCCUCAUAGGCGAUCUUUAAUAAACCAGGAUUUGCGCAUGCAGUAUUUAAGAACCAUUCACCUUACUGGAGAUCCCUAUAACGUUAAUGGACUGGAGUGUGUUCCUGAUGAGGACCCAAAAGAGGAGUGCAAGGAAGGAGAAGUCGAAGAUUGUCCCGAAGGUCAAGAAUAUGUCGAAGAUGAAAAGACUGAAUAAUGGAAAAUUAUAAACAUAGUUAAUCUCACUUAUUUGUUAAGUACUUUAUAAGAAUAUGAAUUAAUAAAAUAAU